UCAUUGCAUUCCUAAUCAUAGCCGACAGCACACUGUGUCUUUCUCUUUCUAAACUUUCCAAGCCUGUUUCCAUUAAACAGGCUGAGACAGUCGGCCGGUCGUUCGGUCAGUCAGUGUCAGUUCAAGACGGUGCACUGGGGCCACACCGAGCUAGAACCAAGGGGGGACGACUGGCUCUGAAAGGCCAGAUACUGACCAAGCAUGGCAUGAGAGGACUGAGGCUGACAGAGAGACGGCAAGACGACGAGAGAGAAGGACUGAAAAAGAGAGAGAGAUAGAGAGAGAGAGAGUGAGAGAGAGAGAGAGAGAGAGAGAGAGAGAGAGAGAGAGGUUUUGGAAGGCAGAAAGAAUAAAGGUAGAGAGAACCAGAGAAGUGUGUCAUGGUGACGGAGGAGCAGGUUGUGAUCUCCCUGUCCGGGGGAGCGCCGUGGGGGUUUCGUCUGCAAGGAGGCGCCGAGCACAGCAAGCCCCUCCAAGUGGCCAAGGUGCGCAAGCGCAGCAAAGCCUGCCGAGCAGGGCUGCGAGAGGGAGAUGAGCUGCUGUCAGUUAACGAGAAGAUGUGUGGGGGGCUGUCCCACGCCCAGGCUAUGACCCUCAUUGACUCUGCCCCUGGGACAAUGCGCAUCCGCGUCAGGAGGUCUCCAACUGGUUUCCAGUCAGUGGUUCUCCUCACCCGCUCCCCCUCUCCGCGCAUCGACAGGGAAUACCGCGCGGCCCUACACGCCCUGUCACCCCCGGUAACCAAGCCUGCCGCCGGGCAACCAGACCGCAGCGCUGUGAUGUCCCCCACAGGGGGGGAGUGCCUGAACAGUACCCUGGACCCCCACAGGGACUGCCUGACCUCCCCCCCGGACAGCGAGGCGUACUACGGUGAGACAGACAGUGACGGAGACACAGCGCUUGUGAAACAGCGCCGGCCAAAACGCCGUAGCCCCAGCGCCACCCCCGUCAAGCCCUCCGGCCGUGCCUCGCCCGAGGAGACCUCAGAGAUGAGCGGUUACGAGAGCGCGCCUGACGCGCGCCCCCACACGACCCUAUCCGGGCUCACACAGCCUCAGGAUGCGGCUCCUGGAGUGGCCCGCAGAGAGAUCCUGUUCCAGCCCCGGCCAGUGGAGGAGGAGGAGGAGGCCGGCCUGGGAGAAGCCCUCUCUUACCCCAGUUACGGGCAGGGGACUGCCGAGGUGGACAGUGGGUUCCAGGAGCCCCCCUCCGUGCCGUUGGUCUCCCCCGAGAGAGCCAAGGACGCCUCGCGGCUGCUGUUCUCCAGCACUCAGCUCGUCCCCAUGGUGGGUCCAGUGGACAGGCCAGUGGAUGAAGAGUUGACCACCAGCUACAAGGACAAGGCCAGGCAAGCCAAGCUGCACCGGAGCGAGAGCGUGCAGGAGAAGCAGGUGAAGGAAGCCCGUUCCAAGUGCCGCACCAUCGCCUCGCUGCUCACCGCAGCGCCCAACCCACACUCCAAGGGCGUGCUGAUGUUCAAGAAGCGCAGGCAGCGCUCCAAGAAGUACACGCUGAUCAGCUUCGGCAGCGUCGAGGAGGACAUGGAGGCGGGAGAGGAGGAUGAGGAGGAGGGGGAGGGGGCCCUCCCCACCAGCGAGUCUGAGUUCGACGAGGAAGGCUUCUCCGCAGCCCCUGACGCAGACCCUGUCUGGGACAGCGACUACCUGGACAUCCUAGAGAGGAAGAAGACCCCCACCCAGACUCCGCAGGGACCCCCGCAGGGCCUGCUUGGCACCGUGGGGAAAGGGGCGCACCUGUAUGAGCAGCAGCAGAAGAGACGCGCCGAGGAGAACUCUGUCAGUGAGGCGGCCCGGCAGGGAGAGCAGGGGACACAGGGGAACCAGGGGACCCCCACAGCUGUUCCCUCUGUGUCGUCAGCCCAGCCGCCCCCCAGCUUUAGCAUGAUGAACGGAGACGCCCCCCCGGCCAUGCGUCCUGAUCUGGUGAAGUCCCCACCCGCCCCUGCUCCUCCUGCUCCCCCGGAUCAUUCUGUACCGGGUGCCUUCUCAGUGCCGGCCCAGCAGCAUGCCAGCUCUCUGCUGGACACAACCAACCGGACCGCCCGCCCCUUCACCCCGGGCUUUGUGGGGGGACGCUCUGCCACGGCUCCUGUGGUCUUCCGCCCGGGAAAGAAAGCUGCCAUCCCCACCCCCCAGCAGCAGUCGCCCCGGUGCCCCCGCCCUUCUCCCCCCUCCCUCCCUCUCCACCUCCUCCCUCUACAUUACGCAAGGCCAGCAGCAAUCACCACACAAGUCCAAUUCUUCUCCCCCAUUCCUCCUGCUCCGGUGACUCCUAGAGCCCCUCAGGGGGUCACCUCCCCUCUCCCUCCCACUCCCUUUUCUCCUCCCCCCAUGUCAAUGGCUUCCUUCUCUUCCAUGACUCUUAGAGCCCCCCUGGAGGUCACCUCCCCUCUCCCUCCCACUUCCUUCUCUCCUCCCCCUAUGUCGACAGCCUCCUUACCUUCCUAUCUCUCCGCUCCUUCUGUUAACGGUGCCAAGCCUGUGCCAUCUUCCUCCACUCUCACCCCUGUGUCCACCCUCACCCCUACCUCUGCCUCUCUCGCCACUCUCCCUGCCUCUGUAAACCCGGCCUUCCCUGCCCCUUUCAUGUCCUCUUCCUCCGAAGCCUUGGCCUCCCGAGAGCAGCGCAUCUCCGUCCCCGCGGCCCGCACUGGGAUCCUGCUAGAGUCCCGCAGGAGAGGCACCAGGAAAUCAAUGUUCAGCCUGCCGGAGGAGAAGCCGAGCCACUCGCCCAACCCGGUGCUGCUGUCCCUGGUGCAGAACCUGGACGAGAAGCCGCCCAAGGGUGGGGAGGCCGGGUUUGAGUCUGGCCCUGAGGAGGACCUGCUGAAUCUGGGGGCCGAGGCUUGCAACUUCAUGCAGGCGCAGAAGCACAGGACCCCGCCGCCUGUGGCCCCCAAACCCCACUUGCGGGCCCCUGAGGUCCCCCAGAUGGGCGGGAAGGGGGCAGAGCUGUUUGCGCGUCGACAGAACCGGAUGGACAGGUUUGUGGUGGGAGGAGGAGCCCCUGGGCAACAGCAGCAGCUGUCCUCCUCAAAGCAAGACCGGCCAAGAGCCCCUUCUCCCACCCCCUCCCUCCCUGUGCAUUGGAAAUACUCCCCCAAUAUCCGUGCCCCGCCUCCCAUCAGCUACAACCCCCUGCUGUCCCCCUCCUGCCCCCCUGGAGCUCAGAAGGGCAGCAAGACCGGGGCUAAUCAACCGGCGACAUGGAGUGGAAGGAAAGCCACACCCCAGAAACAGUGUAUCCAAGCUUUGGAUUUCAUGAAGAGGCAGCCGUACCAGCUCAACCCGGCCAUGUUUGGGGGUGUUGGGGGUUCACAGCAGCAGGUGCAGCAACAGGCAGCCCCUAUGCUGGGCAGCUCCCUCACCCCUCCGCGGCAGAUCCCGGUCAAAGCCGCCCGCGUCUACGAGAUCAAGCGCUUCUCUACACCCACGCCGAUGUCUGCGCCCCCCUCGCACUCACCCACCGUGAUCGUGCCGCGCUCCGCCACUACCCUGGGGGAGCCACUGUGGCGAUCGGAUAUCUGCUCGCCGCCACCUCCAGUCUACUCCACUCCCACCCCACUCACUCCCUCUGCUCAUCCCACUCCCACCCCACUCACUCCUUCUGCUCAUCCCAUUCCCACCACACUCUCUCCCCCUUCUCUCCCUGCUACUCUUGUGUUCCAAACCAGUUCCCCCCUAGCUCCUGCCCCAGCUCCUGCCCCUGCCCCUCUCUACCCCUCUUUCCAGGCUGCCAAGCAGUUCAAGAGUGCUCCCGAGCUCAGCCCUCUGCCUGCCUUCAAGGCGGUGGUCUCCUCCAGCCCCCAGGGGAGCCAGGUGCCCCAGCGAUUCCAAGUCUCCAGGAUUGGGAAUAAAGCCAAUGUGUGGAGACCGGGCUCCGUACACUAUUGAGUCAUGCCAUUACUGGCACAGUCUCCCACACGCACACACACACACACACACACACACACACACACACACACACACACACACACACACACCACACACGCACA